GACCGUUAACUCUUUUUAACCCAUCUAUUUCAAAAUUUACAGUGUUGAAAUAGUACUUUGAUAAGUAACACUCCUUACGUCUAGUUAUAGAUACAGAAAAGGUUAUGAAGUGUAGCGAACCCUUAAACUGUCAGAAUGCAUAUAACAAAUUAUGCAAGUACCAAUAUUACCAUUUAAAAAAACAUAUACACAACCCUGGUACACAGCUGUAUGUGCUAAAUUAAAGUAUGCCAGUCUAAUGAGAAGAUAUCGUACGAUCCGGCUUUGUUCAGAGUAUAAACAAUUAAUCGGGUUCCGUGCCCUUCCUUUUUUUUUUGUUUUCCUUUUUGUCUCAGAGAACAAUGGAUGGAGAUCUAUCUUCUUGAAACACAGCUACCACACAGAGAGGCAGAAGGGUUCCAGCUUUUUGCCAAUGAUUUUUUUGCUUUGAUGCUUUGAUCCAUUUUUCCCUUCUCUCCAUUAUCAAGCAAAAUAGCAUACAAUAAGCAUGGAAGUAGUUCAAGUCCAACCGCGAGACUUCUAUCUACAUUAUAUAUACGUACCUACAAAAGGAACAGCGAUACGUUGGUCAUUCACAACAAGUAAAAACAAUAUUGCAUUUGGCCUGUAUCAAAGAUUGGGUCAUACCCCAUUGCCCUCAUCGUCAGACAUUGUGUUGAAGGCCCAUCAAUGCCGAGAGCAACUGAAGCCUUAUGCUCUGACGAAAAAGACAGAAGAUGAGACAUCGUCGGUCAAUAGUGUUGCAACUACUCAUUCACGACCACGAUCUAAAUCAGUAGCCUCCGAGAAAUUAAAGGAAAGAGAAGAUUGGGUGGAGCUUGUUCCUAUUGAAUAUGUUAAUUCUGUCAAAACAAAAGUAGAGGGAUCGUAUACUGUUCAAGAAUCAGGAAAUUAUAUUCUGGUGUUCGAUAAUACAUUUUCCAAAAAUACACCUAAAGUCGUUACAUUUUCUGUGGCUCUCAUUGAUCCGAACAUGGAGCAUGCUAUCGAACAAUCCUCAAAAGCCGAGAUGUCGGGCUGGUUAUUGAAAAAGAGAAGAAAGAAACUGCAAGGAUGGGCAAAACGAUGGUUUGAAUUAUCCAGAGGAGGUGUUCUAUCCUAUUCAGCUCGACCAGACAGUUUAUCACGCGGAUCGAUUCAAUUGUUACUCGCCACUAUUUCUACGAACCCUGAACAGCAUAUGAUUCAUAUUGAUUCAGGAUCAACAUUAUUUCACAUAAAAUGCCCAUCUGACGAGGAAUACGAAAAAUGGACAAAAGCUUUAAGAGCACAUAUAGAUGAUGAAUCGUUGUAUCACAAUGACGAUGGCAGUUCACUUACAUCCGCUAUUAACAAUGGUCGACGUUCGUCUAGCCAAAGAGCCGGUAGAAAUGAGAAAAUAGUAGCUUCACAAGAGCGAAUGCAACUAGCUUCUUCUAAUACAUCAUUUACAGCUGCUGCCACAGAAACAGAUUAUCAAAAUGCAGACCGACUAUGGUCGCAAGUUAACGCUGGUAUCAAUAAUUCGGAAUUACUUCACUCUUUUAUCUCUACUAUGAGUGAAAACAAUUCGGAGCAAAACAAAAUUGAGGCGCUAGCAGCCAAGCAAGUUCAGCUGUGGAGAGACGUACAAGUGUCCAUGCAACGAUUAUUAAAUAGAAGUGCACCUUCCAUGUCUAAUCGGUCACAUUCUAAACAAAGGUCCUCUACAGAUCUAAAAAUAGAUAAUCAAUACGAUGAUAAUGGUACAUCAUCAAAAGUACCUUACAAAGAGGAUGACUCAAACUCGUUUGCUUCAUCUGAAUUCUUUGAUGCAGAGUCUGCUAUUUUGUCAGCCUAUGAUGAAGACUUCAAUCAAGAUACCAUUUCAAGCAGCAGUAGCAGCACUUCCCCUACAUUAUCCUCCUCAUCAGAUGAGGAAGAGGAAGUUGACUCCAUAUUACAAGGCAAUAAAAACGUACGGCAAACACGCUUCUUUGAAGUCAUGAAAGAACCUAACAACAUCCACCGCCGACAAUUUCUUCCCUCCUCUGCUAUUAAUGAUGGUGUUUCUGCUAUUUCAAUAUUUCGCAAGAACAUCGGUAAAGAUUUAUCACAAAUUGCUAUGCCCGUCAGCAUGAAUGAGCCAUUGAGUAUGUUGCAAAGAGCAUGCGAGGAUUUAGAAUAUUCGGACUUGUUGGGAAAAGCUGCCCAAUGCCAAGAUAGUAUGGAACGAUUAAUGUAUGUCGCUACUUUCGCUAUAUCGACUUACGCAGGUUCACAAUGGCGAUCUGGUAAAAAGCCUUUCAAUCCUAUGAUGUCAGAAACGUAUGAAUGCAUUCGUCCCGAUAAAGGCUUCCGUUUCAUAUCAGAGAAAGUAUCUCACCAUCCGCUCAUUAUUGCAACACAUUCCGAAGCCAAGGAUUACCAGUAUUGGCAAUGUACAAAGGUUAAAAGCAAAUUCUGGGGUAAAUCAAUGGAAUUUAUGACCGAAGGUACUUUCCAUAUUACAUUAAAGAACUAUGACAGCAGCAACGGCAAAAUUAAUGAAGAUGAUCAUUACACUUUUACGAAACCUUCAAGUUGGAUGCGCAAUAUGAUUGCUGGUGAAAAAUACCUCGAACACGUUGGUGAGAUGAAAGUCCAAAACCGCACAACAGGCGAAUAUGGCCUAAUCACUUUUAAGGAAGGCACAGGCGGAGGCCUUUUCAGUGCUCCCAAAAAUCGUAACAAUGUCGUUGGCGUUUUCUAUUCUUUCGACGGAAAGAAGCAAAAGAAAAUUGUUGGCAAGUGGAGUGAGUCAAUUGCUGAGGAUGUCAAUAUGAAUGGUCGUACUUUAUCUGUCUUAUGGAAAGCCAAACCUCCUGCUAAUCUAGAAAAUUGUAAGAAAUAUUAUGGGUUUUCGCCUUUUGCUAUCGAAUUGAAUGAAAUUACAUCAAUCGAAAAAAAUAAGCUGCCCAAAACAGAUACACGGUUUAGACCAGAUCUACGAUUGUAUGAGGAAGGAAAAGUAGAAGCUGCAGAUGAAGAAAAAUUGAGAAUUGAGAAAAUGCAACGAGCAACAAGGGCAACCUUUGCAGAGAAGGGACAGAGUUGGAAUCCACGCUGGUUCUCGUUGGAAGAAGAUCCCUUUGAAGACCCUACGUUUUAUUCACCUGACGGACAGCAAUCGGACGUUAAUAAGGUGGGAUAUUCCUGGAAGUUCAAUGGUGAUUAUUGGAAAGUGCGAGAAACAGGUAAUUGGCCUGCUGAUAUGCCUGAUCUAUGGUAAACAACUUCUGUAAUACAACACCCUGGAUGGUUAUUUGCAUUAGACGUUUGUACUCUCUGCUCUAUCUCAUAUAAUAAAUUUGGCAUUUCUAAAAGUGGAG